CAUAAAUAUAUAUUUAUCGCAUCCUUUUUGUUCUUUAUCAGUACCUUCUUCCUAUUCUUCUUCACGUCGUCCAAGAAAACAAGAAGAAAAGAUCUUGCUGCUUUGUGUUGACCUGAAGUGUUGUAGACACGGUUCUUGAAACGAGUAUACAGUUUUGGCCAGGGCAAUCAGAGAUGAUAAGCAGAGAGACUUUGGAAGUGUAUACGAAAUAUGCCAUAGAGUUUCUGCUAGAUGUAAAGGGUAGAUUAGGUGAAGAUAAGUUUGAUGAGUUUGUAAAAUUCUUAGUGGGUUAUGUUGCAAAAAGCAUUGAGGUUACCGAUUUCAUAGAAAAAGUGAAGGAAAUAUUUGAAGGUGAUACAGAUUUGUUAUUGAGAUUUAACAUUUUCAUACCAAGAGAAUAUGAAAUUAAGCUUCCAUUGGAGGGUGAACAAUCUCAACCAAAGAAGCCUGUCACAAUGGAAGAUGCCAUAAGAUUUUUGCGUAAGAUAAAGGCUCAAUUAGAAGGAGUUGAUAAUCAUAGUUACAAAUCAUUUAUGAGCAUAUUAACUAUGUAUCAUAACAAACAGAAGUCUUUCACUAUGGUCUGCCAAGAGGUUAUUACACUAUUGCAAGGUCAUCCUGGACUUCUUAAUGAAUUUUAUGAUUUUCUUCCAAAAGCCGCUUCUGAUCAUUAUAUUGGUGCUCGGAAUUGUGCGCGUGGAGAUAUAUAGGAGAUCUACAAUACUAGAUAUGCGGCAAGUUUUGGUUUGCAGAGUUUGGAGAAUUUAAUAAAAUGUAUGGAAUGGAUUUGGU